UUAUCUGACCUCCUCCUUGGGAGUUGGGACAAAAAACUGUGGCUUCUUCCUAGAAAAAGCGAAAGAAAAAAAAAAUUGUAAAAGCUGAGUCUAGUGUUUUCUCUUUCACAUUUAAUGGUUUCUGCAGUGCAGGUUGAGGUGUCUUUUUUUUGGUGGGGUUCAUUCAACUCUAGAGCUUCUUUUCACCACUUGGCAACCUCACAAUCUUGCGUGAAUCACUAAAACCAUUGCGGUUCAUAAGAAAUGAGUUACUUGGGUGUUGGUGUGAGUCCAGGGAAUGUGCCAGUGUACCAUGGCACUUUUCUGAAGGUUGUUGACAGAAGAAUCAGGGUUGUAGAGCUGAUUUUGAGAUGUGUGAUUUGUGGUUUAGGUGUUCUUGCUGCUGUUCUUGUGGGAACUGAUUCUCAGGUCAAAGAGAUCUUCACAAUCCGAAAGACAGCCAGAUUUACCGACAUGAAAGCUCUUGUGUUUUUAGUGAUAGCCAAUGGAAUAGCUGCAACUUACUCUUUGUUACAAGGUGUGCGCUGUGUUGUUGGUAUGUUUAAAGGAAGCUUGCUGUUCAACAAGCCUCUAGCUUGGGCAAUUUUUUCUGGAGAUCAGGUGAUGGCAUACUUGACAGUGGCGGCGGUGGCAGCAGCGGCACAAUCAGCAGCAUUUGCAAAGAUGGGACAGCCAGAGCUGCAGUGGAUGAAACUAUGUGAUAUGUAUGGGAAAUUCUGCAACCAAGUUGGAGAAGGAAUAGCUUCAGCACUUCUGGUGAGCCUCAGCAUGGUGGUUUUGUCUUGCAUUUCUGCAUUCAGUCUCUUCCGUUUGUAUGGAGGGAUCAAGUCUAAAAAUGGUGGCAGGUGGUAGGCCAAUCAAUUAAGCAAAACUGUUGCGCCAUUUUUAAUUCAAUCAGUCAGUC